CCUCAUCUGUCUCUUCUUUCUUUUCUCCCUCCUUACCCCAUUCCCCCCCUCUCUCUCUCUCCCUAUGGUGUCAUUGCAGGUGAAAAUGGAUGACUGUCAUUUCUGGCACCUCUCUGCACACACACACAGCACGCACACUCACAGACACGCCUGCACAUUGGACUCUUGUCUCACACACACAGAGACAUAAAGUCACACACUCUGACUGUCCUGCUGUUUCACACACACUCUCUCUGUGUCACCGUUCCACUCACACACACAUGGCUGGUGUCAUGCUCUGGGUUGCUCUACUCUGUCUACUCUUUCUUUCAGGUACACCUGAGAGGGUGUGUAGUUACCAGGAUGUUCUGGACCACCUCAACCUGACCAGAGGAAACGAUGUGUUCACCUCCACGCGGCCUGUGCUCGACCACACACACCCAACCAUGGUGCACCUGGAUGUUUACCUUUACGCUAUCCUCGCCGUGAUUGAGAAGUCCCAGACCUUUGUUCCCUUCAUCUGGAUAGAACUGACCUGGAAUAAUGAACGGAUCUGGUGGGAUCCUAGUCAGUUUUGUGGAAUAUCCAGGGUCUCCGUUCCCAAAGAGAUGUUGUGGAUACCAGACCUCUUCAUCUACGAGAUGACAGAGAAGCAUGAUGCCCCUCCCAGCCCAUACCUGUAUGUGUCCCAUGAUGGGAUCGUCUUAUUGGAGGAAGAAAUUAAGGUGGUCAGCACCUGUAAGAUGGACGUCCACAAGUUCCCCUUCGACACACAGAGAUGUAACAUCACAUUCAGCUCCGCCAUACACAUUGUGACAGAUAUACAGCUCAUCCCUUUCUCUAACUCGUCCCGGGCCACCCAGGCUUCUCGUGAGGUCAUGCAGACGCAGGGAGAGUGGGAGUUCCUGGACAUGACCGUCUCCAGGGGCAAACUAAUUUUCAAUCGCGAGUGGGACCAAAUCUCAUACACUAUAACCAUGAGGAGGAGGCCCCUCCUCCACGUCAUCAACUUUAUGCUUCCCAUCCUGUUCUUCCUGUGUCUGGAUCUGGCCUCCUUCCUGAUCUCAGACCAGCGGGGGGAGAAACUGGGCUUUAAGGUCACCGUGCUGCUUGCCAUCUCUGUUCUGCUGCUCAUCCUCAAUGACAUACUGCCCUCCAUGUCAAACAGGACCCCUCUCAUAGCGACCUACUGUAUAGUGAUCUUUGCCUUCAUGUUGCUAAGCCUGUUGGAGACCAUCUUAGUGACUCACCUGAUGGAGAGAGACUCCGUCCACCAAGAGACAGAGGAGGAGAGGAGGCGUGGUUGCUGUGCCUGUAUCUGUGCUGUGGCUGGAAGAAAAGCUCCAUGUGAACCAUUGCCUGUUGCAGAAGAGGUCAUCAAUGUUGUGCGAACACCAGGAGAGUCUUGCCUGCUGCUGUUGAUUCUGGAGGACCUACGGGUGGUGGAGCGGACAUUAGCUCUGUUCGCCAGCGGCAGGAGGGAGGGGAAACCCGGCUAUUGGACCAGAGUGGCACGGCGCCUCAACGCUGCCUUCUUCACUUUCUACCUCAUCUCUGUCAUGCUCUUCAUAAGCCUCAUGUGUAAGGAGUGGCUAAAUUAGACCUAGAAUACGAAUUGGAAAUGCAAUUGGGUAAUUUAGACGUCGGAGCAUGUUUGUGAACUUUAUGUUAACGUCCCAUUUUCUCCGUUCUAUUCCAUUAUGUGCAGUGCCAGUGUCGAUGGGUUUUUUGAAAGGCACUUUCUUUUGCUCAUGUGCAUAAAAUAUAAACAUUUAUAUAUAUUUAUAUAUAUUUACCAUAUUCAAACUCUAUGGAAAGAGUACUUAUGUUACUUUGUUCCUUCUUAACUGGUUAUGAUAAACUGUGUGUGCUUUUCAUUUCAUAUAUCAUGUUAAUGAAACUAAACAAUUUAAUUGUAGACUACGUUUAACACCAA